AUGAGCACCGAACAGGACUCACCACGGCCCAUAGUUGUGCGUCGGUUCACUUCCGAGCUUAAGCCGGAUUCGGAUCUAGCGGUCCAGACAAAGUCAUACCAAGAAGACUUAGACAUGGAGAUGGAGAUGCAAGGAGUUGAGAUUGCCCGUCAAACCCUUCAAGACAAAUGCAACGAGUUUUUCAAGUCCGUCGAACAGAAAGAGGAGUCUGAGAAGAAGAAAUUGAGGAUUUGGGGAAGAUUCAAUCAAAAUGAUGCUGAGAAGCAACUAGUCCAGGAAAUUGGCAAUAGUCAGGGAAUGACAGUGAAUCAAGUCAGUUCAAUCACAAAUGAUCUAGAGGAGAAAUGGAAAAAAUCAAAUAGCAAGGCCUCGGUCAACUACUCAACCAUCGCAGAACAGCUUUCAUCAUACAUUGCGGACCUAUCCGAGCGUAUCGCUAUCUGCACGAGCUGGCUUGAUUUGUACACAAAUAUAGCUAUGAAAGAGCGAUUGUCUGAGAUAUAUGAGCAAUACUUCGAUUUUUUUAUCGAAGUGGCCUGCUGGUAUCUGAAAUCGAAAGGAUCUAAGAUACUAGACUCUUUCAAUUCCAAAUUCACAUCAACUUUCCAAGGAACAAUGAAUAAAGUUCAACGUUCUAUUCAACUCCUUGACAACCAGGCCUCAAUUGAGAAUGCACGGGAAACGAAAAGCCUACUACCAGCGAUUACUGAUUCGGCGGAUUUGAUUAUAGCACAAGUGCUACAGAGUCGAAAGGAGAAUAAUGAGGUUGGAAGGAAGAUGUACGAAUUCCUCUUGCAGAUGGGGGAUCGUGUGGAUCGAAUCGAGCGUGCACAGCUCCAAGCAGCUUCAGGGACUAUUGAAACUAUAUCUAGCGAGGUCCUGACGAUAGAAGCAACGGAAUUCACAGAGACUACUACUGUCCCCAAAGUGAUAACUAGAGCCGAGGCCGAGCAACUAUGUCAGCAUCUCCAAAUACUAAUUGACCAAGUAGGAGGUAGUGACGGAAUCCGACUGGCGCUUCAAGCAGGACGACUUGUCGCCGAGCCACUUAUCAUCCGCAUACUUGGUAAAUGGGCAACCGCAACAUCUGGCAACGACCUCAUACUCUGGGUUAUCAGCCCGUAUGAGCCUGGUCCACAAAACAGCGCAGACCUCGUGGCGUACGGGGUAAUCUGGUCUGCUAUACAAGCCAAGGCCCAAUUCAUCUCAUACAUCUGCCAAAGACCUUGUCCCAAUAAAGUGCCCGGGUUCGAAGGCUUCGAGGACAAAGCUGCUGUUCUGGCGAUGGCCUAUAGUUUGAUAUGGCAGCUGCUACAAUUUCAGCAUCCGAACGAUGAGUUAAUUCUCCGCCGGGAUAUGCUUGAUCGAAUUACGAAGUCCGAGGAGCGCUGGAGCUCCAGUUUAGAACUUCUGAGUUAUUUGUUAGAGGAAACAUCUUCACUGGGAUACUUUAUUAUCUCUGGGAUCAACCUUCUUGAAGGUGGUGCGUGUGAAAUGUGCAGAGAGUUUGUCGACGUGGUAUUUUCUCGUGUGAAGAACUCCAAGUGGCCUUUGCGGGUACUUUUCACUACACCAGGGCAGUCGAGGCCGCUUUCGGAAACCGUUAGCAUGGAAAGCAAGGUUCUUUCUAAUAAGACUUUUCACCAGACGAAGGGGAGGAUGCAUAAUCGCAAUAUUCAAAUGUCCGGAUAA